AAUUUUCUCCUUCUAUAUAAAGAAGGUGGGAUGAAUCGAAAUCUAAAACAUUCAUACUAAUCAUUUUUAAGUUAGGGAUUUGAACAAAAAAAAUAAUAAUAAUAAUAAUCAAAAGAGAAAGAGGGAAUUCAAAUGGGAUUGAGAUCAAAUUUUGUGGCAUUACUGUUGUUGUUUUUAUUGUUGGUGUCUAAUUCUAAAGCUCAAUCUAGUGGUGCUGUUUUCGAUGUUACAUCAUUUGGUGCCAAACCUGAUGCAGAUAUUACUGGGGCUUUGGUAAGUGCGUGGAAGGAGGGGUGUGCAUCGAUCACUCCAAGUAAAGUUUUGAUUCCAAAAGGAAGUUACGGAUUAAGUCAAUCAAACCUUAAAGGCCCUUGUAAAAGUUCUAUCGAACUACAAAUCGAAGGGACAUUACAAGCUCCGUCUGACCCAAAAGGGGAUGGAUUGCUCAUUUUGGAAUAUGUUGAUCGAUUGACAGUGUCAGGUAUGGGAGUUUUGGAUGGCCAAGGAAAAGAAGGUUGGGAAAAGAAUGAUUGUCAUUUAAAGAAAAUAUGCACCAAGCUUCCCAUGAAUUUGAAGUUAAAUUUCAUCACAAAUUCAAUAGUGAAGGACAUAACAUCAUUGGAUAGCAAGAAUUAUCAUAUUAAUCUUUUGGGUUGCAAGAAUCUUACCUUUGACCACGUGACAAUUACUGCACCGGGGGAUAGUCCUAACACCGAUGGAAUUCAUGUGAGUAGUUCAGAAGAGAUUAACAUUCUCAAUACCAAUAUUGCAACCGGAGAUGAUUGUAUAUCUGUGGGAGAUACCAACAAACAAAUAGUUAUUAGCGAUGUUACUUGCGGUCCCGGACAUGGAAUUAGCAUAGGAAGUUUGGGAAAAUAUAGCAAGGAAAAAGAAGUGGUAGGAGUGACGGUGAAAAAAUGCAAGUUGACCAGUACUACAAACGGUGUUAGAAUCAAAACAUGGCCAGAUUCCGUUGGCACAUUCCCAGCCAGUGACAUGCAUUUUGAAGAUAUAGAAAUGGUUAAUGUCAGCAAUCCUGUCAUCAUAGAUCAAGAAUAUUGCCCAUGGAAUCAAUGCAACCGAAAGGUUCCAUCAAAAAUUAAGAUCAGCAAAGUAAGCUUCAAGAAUAUUAGAGGCACAUCUGCAACUCCGGUUGCAGUCAAAAUUGUUUGUAGUAAAAGUAAUCCAUGUGAGGAAGUGGAAGUUGCUGAUAUUGACCUCACUUAUAGUGGAAGCGAAGGUCCAAUUAAAUCUCAGUGUGCAAAUGUGAAACCCGUCAUUUCAGGAAAACAAAAUCCUCCAAUCUGUGGUGAGCCUGCACCACUUGAUGGUCCAUCAACCGAUUGAAGUUUUGUAGAUUUGACAAAUGUUUCAAACCAUUUGAACUAUCCUUUAAUUUUAACAUUAUAUUUUUGUUUUACCCUAAAAAAACUCAUCGGAAAAGUUUGAUAACAUGCAUUUUAUGAUUAUUAGGCAUGCUCUCAAUAAUUGUAUUACGAUUGUUUGAAGAGAAAUAAUGGUUGUCUAAGUCUUGAUAUAGUUGAAGAUUUUUUUAUCAAGUACAAAGUGACAGAGCAAUUUUUUUACUAAA